AUAUGUUUGUAUUAGAUACGUACUUAAAAUCAACUUUUCCCCCCACCAGAUGGAAACUGUAGCCUUUUGGAGGAAAAGGAUGUCAUCCAGGAAGUGGAUGAAAACUGUUACUGUUAUGUGCAAAACAGAAUCAUGCAUUUACAAUAUAUUUGGUCAACUGUUCAGAUAAAAGUUAACAGCACAGAAACAUUCGAGUUCGUGCCUAUUUCAGACAAAAGCAACUGUCGUAAUUCAGAAACAGUUUUUGAGUUUGCUGCAUGCGCUGUUCGAAUCUUCUGGCAAGCAGAGACAUCUACAGAAACUUUCAUAAACAUAAAACAAUAUGGAGAGGAUAUUUGUUUCAAAAUACGGCCCUUCAAGAAAGAACCAUAUCUUGUGAGUGUAAAACGAAAAAUGCUAGACGGAAAGAUCUUGUUCUUGUUUGUAGUUGGAAUUUUUCUGUUCCAUUUUGCAAACAGUCUUAGCAGAAGCCCCAAGUUCUUUUACCUUUCUGGAAUAGUACUGGGUGUUCUUGCACUGCUAGUCUUUCUCCUGUUGACGCUUAAAAGAUUUAUUCCAAGGCACAGUACCUUUUGGAUUUUAAUGAGUGGCUGCUGGAUGUCCUCGCUGUAUUUCAUUUACUGUUUCAAAGAGAACAUGCAGUGGUUGUGGUCUGAACACAGGAACUACCUGUUGGGGUAUUUUUUGGCUGUUGGAAUUAUAAGCUUUGCCACUUGCUAUCAGCAUGGACCACUUACCAGUGAACUGAGCAUAACCGUCUUCACAUGGACACUACAAUUAAUAGCCUUUGCCUUGAUUUACUGCGGUGUCACCAUACCUCAAGUUGCAUAUACAAUAAUAGCAGUUAGUCUCUGUUCAAAAGGCCUGUGCUAUCCCCUUGGUGCUGCUUGUCACAUAGGCAGAAAAAUGAAGAACUACUUUAAAUCAAAAAAGUUAGUGAUUAGAUGCCUUACUGAAGAAGAAUAUAGAGAACAAGGUGAAACAGAAACUAUCAGAGCUCUGGAGGAGCUACGUUCAUUCUGCAGGAACCCUGACUUCCCAUCGUGGCUAGCAGUAUCCAAACUCCAGUCCCCCCACAGGUUUGCAGGUUUUGUUCUGGGAUCUCCCCAUGUCUCACCUGCAGAAACAAAGGCACAUGAUGAGGAAUAUGGCAUUGGAAGCGUCUUCCUGGAAGAGCAGCUCUUUGACACAAGGGCAGAAUCAGAGCAGGGUGAACCAGCCAACUCCAUCUAUGAAGAAGGAGAUGAUGAGGAUGAAGAUGAAAAUGAACAAAUUUCAUUUCCAUACGGUACUGAGUUGUGCUGAGCUUUGGAAAACACCCUAAAAAAAGGGGACAUUCUUCCUAGAAAGGAAGGGUACAGACAGAAAACUCACUCUUGGGGAUUUCUUAUGGAUGCCAGGGACUAGGCAAGCAUCUUUGAAAGAUUGUUUCUUGUAUCACUGAUGUACCUGAUUAGAGCAACAGAUAAAAGUCUUAUAGGCUGUUCAAGUGAAGAGGAUUCCCAUGCUAUUAGUACUUUAGCUGUAGAAAUAAACAUUGCUUAUUUCCAAAGCAAGUACUGGCAGCAGCCUGUCCCAGUACCAUGCUUUGUUUCCCCAAGGAUACUACCUCUAGAAAAGAGGGAAUCUGUUUUGCCCCUUUUCAUUGUCAAGUCCUCUGUGCCGAGCACUAGACGGAGGAAAAGUCAUUAUUAAUGCUCUACUUUUACUAAGUGCCCUACAUGUUAACAAAUUUAAUAAUGAUCAUAGUAUGCUGAUAAGCCAGUUCUAUCAUUCAUGCAACUUUUCAGUGCUAAAGAUCCACAGAGAGUUAACAAAGCUGAACACACUUUUGUUUGCUCUUCUGGCUAGGCUUGCUCUUUGUUAGCUUCAUUUUGCCUCCCACAUUAAUUUUAAGCUCUUCUUUGGAACCCUACCUGACUUUUCAUCCCUCUGCUUGUAUUGCUCUGUUCUUCAUCUCUGUGCUCUAGUUAUGCUGUACUUUGUUCUUUCUACAUUUUUAUUUCUUCACACACACUUCUUCCCUCUUCUACAGGUCCCCUCCACUGCAUCUUUCUUCAGUCUUCUAUUAAUGCUUUCAAUUUCUGUUUCACCUUACCUCAGAAGGGCAUUGCCUUCCAUUCCAGCCCUCGCUGAAGAGCCUAGAAAAGGUAACAAAGCCUGAGGAUGUUUCAGCUGCUUGGAGGAAUUGCUAUCAAUGGGGCCACAGUGAUGCUAAAGUCAUGUAAGUGGGAAUGACCCACAAAUAGCCACACUAUCCUCAGAGUAUUCAGUGGUUAGCUCAUUCAAUAAACAGAAAAACAAAACAAAGAAACAUUCCUAGCAAAACAAGUAGGGAGAAAUACCUGACUCUUCUCUCCCCUUCUUUGGGACUUACGACAGGAGAUGUGCGUGAGGAGAACAGAGGGGAUGGGGAGAAAACCUUAGACAGUCAUUUGUCUUACAGCUUAUGUAUUACACAGUACUAGGCUAGGGAUACAUCAUUGCCCCUCAGUUCAUCCAUCUACAGGGGUGAUUUUCUUCUUUUGUUCUUCAGGCUUUCCCUAUAUUCUUCUGUCCUCACCCUUGCUGUUUUCUUUUACUGUCUCCAAACUUCAGAGAGCAAGAGACAGUAAUUUUCUCUAACAAGCCCUCCAGGAACUGCCAGUGGUGGGAAGCAGUCUACUCUCCAGAAAGGCAUUUCAGACCAAAAUGCAUCAUCUCUGAAAGGAAUACCUUUUCGUUGUAGCACACCUACUGAUGCCGCAUCACUUCAGUGGUGCGCAGCUAAUUGUGAUGUCUUAUGUACGUCUCUGGACAAGGGAGAAAAUCUGUUACCUCCAGUAAAAGGCUUAAAAACUACUGCCUUUCCACAUUCCAAGAGCUCCUUUCCACAAGACAUGACUCACAUUGAAUGCUCAUAAGCAUCACUUAGAUCAUUCUUCCUCCUUUGUAUCAUUUUCAGGUAGCUUCAUUUUAAAAAGAACUUUUCCAUUCUAUAGAGAAGAGAAGCUUAACACCUUCUUGUGCCAUACAGUUAGAAAUAGAUAUGCAUGGUCUAUAGCAUAUUUAGGGGAGAGAAGCCCUGUCAAGCCAGUGAUCAGAAAUAUGUUCACUUGUAAGUCAAUAACGUUCACAAAUAGAUAGAACAAGAAAGUUCUACUCAGCAAGGUCAUUGGCAAAAGAAACGCUCUAGUCACCUCUAAGAGAGGCUGCUACCAAAUUCAUAGUUAAAUUGCCACCCAUAUGCCAUCAGUCUGGUUUGACUGGGUGGGUUCUGUCACUGGCUAGAAGUUAGAAGUACUAGCUGUUGUGAAAAUUGAGGGAAGCCCCAUUACCUUUGAUGGUUUGACAGAAGGAUAGAAACUCCCUCAUUGUAAUGAUGACCUUAGUAGACCGAAGAUUUAUUUCGCCUUUGCCUGUGUUGCCCCUGUGAAAAUGAAAUACUCAAAAACUAUUACAAAAUUAAUCAGAAAAGGAUUCUUGCAGGGAUAUCUUAAUUUUAAAUCUCUCUCUUGCCUGUUUUAAAGCAAGUAAGUUUUUUCAGUACACUUCUUAACUAGCUAAGAACUGCUGAUCAUGAGAUUUGAGGCCAAGAGAAGAAUCAGAUUUUGUCCUAGCUUAAUAAACCCACACAAUCUGUCUGGACUUCCUCUUUUUACUGAGUUAGUGGUGAUUGUCUUCCUGCAGAUAUAUAGUGUGUAUUUAUACACAAUAGGUAAAAUAUUAUCUUCAUAUAUUAUUUGGCUAUGAGAUAUCUUACAUGGAAAAGCUCAAAUAACAGAUAAUUUUUCAGAUUCUUUUCCUUUUGCUAAAUUAUUUAGAAAAAUAUCAGGUACACCUACUCCAAAGUGGAAAAAACAAAACCCAAGUUUUACAUAGUUAUAAAGCCCAUGGGAUGGAUAAAUGCUAUCCAAAGUACAGCAACUAUUAAGCACAUCCAAAAGAAGUAUAGCAACAUAUUGAGAAAGAUAACUACUUUAGCGGAUAGCUAAGAAUGCUGAUACUGACCUUAAAAACCCUCCCAAGUUUGUUUCAACAUUUGAAGUAUUUCAUAAACACAACACAACAAAACACAACAAAAGUGACUGCUGUCAUUUGAGGCCUUUACCAACAGUGAGUUUACUUGCACAGUGCUCCUGUGAUAUAUGGAGGUUACACAGGUUUACUGAAACACAAUUGUUAAGUGCUGUCCAGUGUUCAUCCAGAACAUCUGGAGAAAGAAUCUAGAUGUUAAUCCAGUGCCUUAUGCAUUAGAGAAGUGUUUCUUCCUUGAUGAAGGAUGAGUUAGUUAUGUUUAUCUUCUGUUUCACAGUGUUUUUAAAAGUUAGAAUUGCGUAUUUAUUUUGCAUUCAUGGUGCAACGUACUUGAUGUACUGUCUUUUGCAUUCAGGAUUUUUAAAUAAAAGUAUUUUUUCAACUG